AUGGUAAUAGCAUAUAUUAUUCGUUGUUGGAUUUAUCUUAUCUUUGUCAUUCCAUCACUUUUAUGUUCUAUUUUUAAUCUUUAUCAUUUUAUUGUUGAUCGAACACUUCGUAAAGCUCUUUACAAUCAUAUCAUUAUUCUUAUUCUUUCUCUUUGUCUCUUAUAUAAUAUAACUGAUAUUAUAUGGUUAAUUCAUUUUUAUCGUACUAUUUCUCCCGUAUCAUAUACAUACAUAUUUUGUAUUUUAUGGACAUAUAUAGAUUUUGCUCCAUUUGUAUCAAUUACACUUCUUGUUGCUUGGGCAUCAAUUGAACGACAUAUUCUUAUUUUUCAUCAAAAUUUAGUUUCAACACGAACAAAACGUUUAUUUGCUCAUUAUUUACCUAUGAUUAUAUUUACUCUUUAUCCACUUAUUUAUUAUAUGGUUAUGUUUUUUAUUAUACCUUGUUCAAUUCCACUUAAUUAUGCAAAAACUCGAUGUGGUCUUACUAAUUGCGCAUAUCCAAGUGCAGCAAUUACCAUGUAUGAUGGAAUUGCACAUAAUAUAUUACCUGUAUUUAGUAUUGUUGUGUUUAGUAUAGCUCUUAUUGGACGUGUCUGGUACAAUAAAUAUCGAAUGGGUCAAAGAUUUCAAUGGAAAAAGUAUCGAAAAAUGACAAUUCAAUUGUUAUCAAUAUCUUCGGUUUAUUUUUUCUUACUUUUUCCACCAAUGAUUUUAAAUACUGCCUAUGCAGCUGGCGUAUCAUAUAGUGUUGCAGCUGAUUUUUAUUCUGGUGCAAUGUAUAUUAGUUAUCUCAUCACAUUGCUUAUUCCAUUUGUUUGUACCGCUGCAUUACCUGAACUUCGAGCAAAAUUUCCAAAGAUUCCUGGAUUUUACAGACGGAAAAGUACUGCUGUUGUUCCUGUAACAUUUACAUUGAAUCGUUUAGCCGCUAGUCGAACAGCUGUAGUAACACAUGCUGCUCACUAA